AUGAGCGCGGAAGACAUGUGGGCCGGGAGCGUGGGGCGGCGGGGCGAGCGCUCCGUGCGGCGCGCCGCAGUCCGCGCUCAGUGCCGCCGCCGGCCCGUUGUAUCUGUCGCCCGUUCGCCGCGCCGUGACACGCGAUCGCCUGUGCGCCGAUGGGGCCGCGCGCCUGAAGCGGCCGUAGCGGUGCGUGGUGCUCCCGGACCGCCUCCCCGCGCCACCGCCAUGGCGGCCACGGCACGCCGCGAGAUCGACACCGGCGAGGAGGACAUCGCCGCCAUAGCGAAACAGAUCUCUGACCACGCGGAGGCGAUCUACCAGACGUGGAAGGCGCGCGGCCUAGCGCCUACGGAGAUACUGUCCUGCCGGCCCGCCCCGGGGCUCAAGCUGGCCGAGAGCCUGCGCGCGAAGCCGCGGCCCGAGCCGAAGCCCGAAAUGAAGCAGAGGCCCGACGUGCGCCGCGAACAGCGUCCGGCUCCCGAGGGGGACGGCGUGGAGCUGACGCUGCCGCCGGACCUGGUGCCGGAGCGCAAUCCCGCGGGUGGCGGCGGGAGCGCCCGGCGCGCCGACUCGGCCGCGAUGCGGCUGGAGGUGGCCCGCGAGGAGGAGAGGCUGCUGCGGGCGCUGCGCACGGGUGGCGUGGUAGCGGAGCGCACGGCGGAGCGGCCCGACGUGGUGCCGCCGAUAUCGCUUGUCGACUACGCGAAGAGCCGCUACCAGGAUCGGCUGGAGACGGGCGGACGGAAGCCCGCGGCGGGCGCAAGCAGCGAGAGGCGGGCGUCCCUCGGCUCGCACGUGACCGAGGCCAGGUCCAAGUUCGAGGCGCGAGCGAGGCGCGCGUCGAGCGCCGGGGCGGGCGAAGCGGCGGCCGCGCCGGGCGCCGCGCCCGUGCGGCCCUUCCUCACGCGCGGCUCCGUCGCCGAGCGGGUGCUCAUGUUCGAGCGCUGCCCCAGCGAGGCGACGCUCGAGCUGGCCAAGAGGAAGUCCCCGGCCGCGACCACGUGGCGGGGACCCCAUGACGUCAUCAACAGAGCACAGGUAGGAGGCCCUGAAGACCGUCCAUUGGCUGUGAUGCGUAUUCCAGCACAGUUUCAGCAUAGUUUAUGUUUUAGCAGUUUU